GAGAGAGAGAGAGAGCUCGGCGUCACGCCCGAGGGUUAAAACGUGUGCAUUCCUAGUCUCGGAGCGUCCAGCUGAUCGCGGUGACUUCGUCAACGUGCUAACAAAGUGACGAACAUGUUACUCUGACAUUUCUAAUCAUUCGCGAGUGAAAAGAAAAAAAGACAUAAAACAGACAAACCAAAAGAAAAAGAAACUAAAAGAAAAGAAAAGAAAAGAAAAUCGUAAAAAAAAGAAACAGAAAAAAAAAGAAAGAGAAAUCGAAACAAACAAUUUUAUCAUCCAAUGAGACAAUAUCAAAAUGACACGGUGAUAAUCGAAUCUCUCGAUUCAUAACGUUAAUUUAUAGGAUACAUUUCAAUUUUAUUUCCUUAUGUCAUUUUGGACAUCACACACACACACACAAACAGACCACGCAUAUAAACUAUUUAAAGUUUUGGUGAAAUCUCUCUCUCUCUCUCUCUCUUUCUCUCUCUCUCUCUUUCUAUCUAUCUAUCUAUCUAUCUAUCUAUCUAUUUAUCUAUCUUUAUCUUCUGGUCGGUGGCCUCAAAAAGUAACGAUAUAAAUCUUUAUGUGGGUUUAUUUAUUUUUAUAUUUUUAAGAUAUUCCUUUUUUUCCUUCUCCCCUUUUUUCAUUUUUUUCUUUCUUCCUCUCUCUCUCUCUCUCUCUCUAUCUAUCUAUCUAUCUAUCUCUCUCUCUAUCUCUCUCUAUCUCUCUCUAUCUCUCUUUCUCUAACUCUUUUUCUGUCUGUCUGUCUCUCUUCUCUGUCUAUGUAACUAUAUAUAUAUAUACAUAUACGUAUGUAUAUAUACAUAUGUAACGCCGCGACGCCGGAUGUCGUUGGACGUCGCGACAUCGUCGUCGAGACGCCAGAGUGCUCGCGACGCUGCCACUCUUACUGGAUCUUAUAAUCACGUUCCAUCAGCUUCGAUUUCAUCUUUCUUCCUUAUUUCUUCCAAAGACGAAAAUCGAACCUAUUUUUACGAAUUGAACGGAACACGAGAGGCGGCGGAGGUGGUGGAGGUGGUGGAGGUGGAGGUGGAGGUGGAGGCGGUAGCUCAAUAACGACGACAGGCUCGUACAAUGGCCAGCGAAAGGAUAUCGGGUCGAUACAGAACAUCAUUACCGGUUCCGGGUCACUCAGAGGUAAAUCUCUGCUCGGUAUUGUCACUGGGCAAGGACCUUAGCAAAAUCACAAUGCCUGUUAUAUUCAACGAGCCACUUUCCUUUCUGCAACGAGUCGCGGAAUAUAUGGAAUAUGCAAAAUUGUUGAAACAAGCUUCCGCCGAGCAGACACCUGUCGGCAGAUUAAAAUACGUCGCCGCUUUUGCCGUAAGCGCAUUGGCUUCGAAUUGGGAACGUCUUGGUAAACCAUUCAAUCCGUUGCUUGGCGAGACCUACGAAUUAACCCGUGAAGAUUUUAGAAUAGUAUGUGAACAAGUCUCUCAUCAUCCACCAGUAUCAGCGUUUCACGCUGAUAGCGAGGAUUUUGUUUUUCACGGUAGCAUACAUCCUAAAUUAAAGUUCUGGGGUAAAUCGAUAGAAGUACAUCCAAAGGGUAUCGUCACGGUCGAAUUACUCAAAUGGAAAGAGGCGUAUACUUGGCAGAACGUUAAUUGUAUUCUUCAUAACGUAUUGGUUGGACAACUUUGGAUGGAACAAUUGGGUGCCCUUGAGAUUAAACAAUGUGGAGGUUCAAAUUUGAAAGCCGUGUUAACUUUCAAAAGUGGAAGCUGGAAUGGCAAAGAUCUUCACCGAGUCGAAGGCUUUAUAAUGGAUCAAGAAAAAAGAAAAUUGCUAUAUUUAUAUGGAAAAUGGACUGAAAGAUUACGUUCCUGUGAUCCAUCCUUGUACGAGGAUGCCCUUGAAAAAUUGAAAAGGGACGCCAAGAGUCCGCAAGGUAGUCCAGGUCACAAAAAAGUACUUGCCAAACUUCACAGCCUCAAGGUUGGAGCUUUCAAACCAUCUCAUCAGGAUGCGAUCGAUGAAUCAUCAACGAGUAUAGACGGUGAGGAUACACCAAUGAUCGACGAAAUACCAAGCUCGACAACACUUUGGGAAGUUUCACCGAGACCACCGAAUAGUUCUAACUACUUUCAAUUCACUACAUUCGCAAUGUCCCUGAAUGAGAUAGAACCAACAAUGAGAAAGGAUUUAUGUCCGACCGAUUCAAGAUUAAGACCGGAUAUAAGAAAAUUAGAACAUGGCGAUCAAGAUGGUGCGGCUACUGAAAAGGCAAGACUCGAGGAGAAGCAACGUGAUUCUAGAAAGAUGAGGAAACAAAAGAAAGGACAAGAAUGGACGCCCAAAUGGUUUAGAUGGACAAUUAAUCCAUACACGGGCCAAGACGAUUGGCUGUACAAAGGUGGCUAUUGGGAUCGUAAUUACACCGACAUCGAAGAUAUAUUCUAAUGAAUAUUAGAAAAAUGAUUUUGACGAAAACAAAUUAAAGCAAAAUUAACAAAAAAAACUAGUCCAUGUACGCAAAAGCCAAAAGAGCGUAUUACGUUUGAUGCGUUAGCUAUUGUGUGAAGAUUUUGUUGUUGUUUCUUUUCUCAGAAAAGAAAUUUGAUCGACGUUGAUAUUGUCUGACAUAUGAAUAAAAAAGAUUUGUGUUGUUGGAGGUCAAUCGGUCAAAUCUAAAAAAAAAAAAAAAAAAAAAAAAAAGAGAGAAAAAAAAGUAAAAGAAAAAAAAAUUAAAGAAAGAAGGAAAGAGAAAGAAGAAAACGGCUGGUACGUGUAUGUACGUGUGGUUAGAUAAAAAAUUCUCUAGAAAAGAAACAAAAAUAUAUUAGAAUAUUUCAAAGAGUUAUAUAAGGUUGUCGUGAGAGAGCAAUUUAUUUAAGAAAAAAAAAAAUUUUUUCUCCAUUAGUUUUCAUUAUCUUUUCCUCCUUUUUUUUUCUCUUGUUUACUAUUCCGAUACUGACAAUCUCACGAUCGAAACAAAUCUCAAUGAGAGAUGAACAACUCGAAAAGAAAAAGAUAGAAACAAAAAGAGAAAAAGAGAAAAGAAAAGAUUAAAACUAUAAAAGCUCAAUGAAAUUUUUCGAUCUAUACAAAUUAUGUCUGCUUACACAGUGUAUAUAUAUAUAUAUGUAUAUAUAUAUAUAUACAGUAGAUAGUCUAAUUUAAUAUGAAGGAAAAACGUCUUCAACGUUUCCAAUGAUUAUAAUCAAAAUCUAAAAAUGAAAUCUUCGUGCUAAACUGCAAUUAUUCGAUCUUGUGUAUAAUUAGAACGCGAGCUUACGCCUCGUAGAGUGAAAUGAAAAAGAAGAAAGAAAAAAGAAAAAAAAAAAAAGGAAGGAAAAAACAUGAAAACGUAAAAACAUAAAAGAGAAAGAGAGAAAUCGUAUGCAGGUCAUACGUAUAUAUAUAUAUAUAUAUAGAUAAUAAAUAUGUAUGUGUAUGUAUUGUAAAGAAGAAAUAUGUCUGACAAAAACGAAUUAGUCGAAAGAUUAGAAAGCAAACGGUGUAAAAAGAGAAACACUGUGUGAUACAUUACACACUUGUAUCUUUCUAUUUCAAUCUCUUUCUCUCUCUCUCUCUCUCUCUCUCUCUCUCUCUUUCUUCCUCUCUGCCCAUCUCUAUCUGUCUCUCUCUUUCUAUCUAACUGCACCAUUGAAUCAACAGGAGCUCCCUUUAUUUGACUAACUCUCUACUAAUUAAUUAGUUAUGGUGGUCGUUAACAGCAUGUCAAACUCGUUAGCUUUCCAUUCAUUGAGAACGAAGCCGUUUUAUCACUUUCUGACAUAGAGAUCCUAAAAAGGAAUAAUUAAACGAUAAGAAUAUAGACAAGAUUUACGUGUAUGUGUGUGUAAAGUUUUCAACUAUCAAGAAGUAAAGAAAUUUCUUUACA